GGUGGUUUUCACGUUCCCGGGGGACAGGCGACGGCCCUGGGAGGCCGCAAAAGCUGCCACAAGGACCGUCCGCCGAGAUGUGUAGCACGACGCGCGGGGGCCUGGGCUCUGAGAAGGCGCGGGGCCUCCCAAAACGGCCCCGAAUCCCUCCAGCCUCACGCGCGACGCGCGCCCUCGGAGCGGCAGGGGAGGGGCCCCAUCUGGAAGGCCGCCCCCGCGGCCCGUCCUGCCCCCCAACACUGCGGGCCGCCGGGCUGGCUCGGAAUUCCGGAGGGCCCGCCGGCCCAACAACAGCCCGCCGGUGUCGGGAGAAGAAGAAGCGGACCUGCACGGGUUCCCCCAGGGCCGUCGGCGACCCGAGGAGGAGGAAGAGGAGGAGCAGGAGGAGGAGGAGCAGGAGGAGCAGGAGGGGCAGGAGGAGGAGGAGGAGGAGGAGGAGGAGGAGGAGGGAGGAGGAGGAGGAGGAGGAGGAGGACGGGUCGCCUAAGCCCUUCGGAGAAACCCUAACGGACCCCCUCCCUUUGAUCGGGGAUCUUCUGACCUGGGUCAGUCCUGACCUGGGUCGGUCAGGCCUUGCAGGACCCUGCCAGAUCCAGC